ACAGCUGCUAGCGUCAGUUGUACCCAUGGCAACGAAGACAAUGUAGAAAAUUGCCGUUUCUUUUUCUCAUGAGAUAAUAUUUAGGACGUCAGCUGUUUCGCCAACAUAAAAUGUAUUGCCUGUAACUCUGGAAUAUUUUAUUUGUAUUUAAUUUCUUAAAAAUAACUGUCUGUUUUUACGGAGGUGGAAAAAGGGUAAGAAACCUAACAAUUAUUAGCUCAUCUGACAACAAGACAUUUUCGGUAACCGGUUUUAUUUUGACCAAAUAGCUAACACUAAAAGUAAUUUCAUUCGGGGUUUUUACCCGUUGAAGUGAUAAGUGUCUGGCUAAACAAGCUAGAUUAAAAAAAAAUGUUUGGCUAAAUUUAGCUCUUGCUUCAUAGGAAAACAAAAUGUAAAAUGUUGAAAAUGUCCAACUUGGCAAAGAAAGUGAGACCAGAACAAAAGUUGCCUCUCAAAUAUACAGCAACCCAAAGCAAGGCAUCUUAUGAUCUCAAGAGGCUCCAGUCCCUGCUUGCCAAAAGCAGCUCCAGACAAGAGGUGUCAACACCGAGUCACAGUAAAGCAGCCAACAGCAGGGCCAUCAGAUCCUCACCUUCUCCAAAACACAACAGCAGGCUCAGGAGUGAAACUUAUCCCGACAAUGAAGUGGCUCAACUGGAAAAAUUCAGCAUAAUAUACAAAGACCAAAGAUGUUUCAGCAGUCACCCGUUGAGUAAACUGUUCCUGGACAUUCUGACAUCCUUGGUCAGGAAUCGACUCUGCAGUGAAUGGAUCGACCAUGCAACACCCGAAGCCGUCAAUAGAGUUCUGAUCUGCCUUCGACUGCUGAUCAGGGAUCCCAAUUAUCAGAAUAUUCUUCACCAGCUUGAAGGCAUCAGUCUGCUUGCCAAGUAUAUGGAGUCUGUCACUGCCAAGUACAUAUCCUGCGGUGAGGAGGUGUUUGAUACACAGAAGCUCGUUACAAUGACCUACAUGUUUCAGAAGCUGUCGACCGCUGAUAAUCAAAGGCUGUGGGUCAUUGAGAGUGGCGCGCACAGGACGUUGGUGAAACUCCUCUCCACCACAGACCACGGCGUUUUACAGGGAGCUCUGCUUACACUCAGCACUUUGGCAGAGAGCUCUGAAUGCAGAACAGAAAUCGGAGAACUGCAAAUUGUGGACAGCCUUCUUGUAAUACUGCAGGAAUAUGACCUGCUCUCAAAGAGACUGAGUGCUGAGCUGCUGAGGCUCCUGUCUUCAGUGCAACAUGUGAGGGUCCAGCUGAAGGAGCUGGAGGGAGUACCGGUGCUGCUGAGCCUCCUGCACAGCAGGAACCUGAAGCUGCUGUGGAGCGUCACCUGGGUCCUGGUCCAGCUGUGUGAGGAUCCAGACUCCAGGGCUGAGAUCCGGAGCUGGGGGGGCGCGCAGCAGCUCCUCCGUCUGCUCAACGUGCAGCACUCCUCUGACCGCUCCAGCACGGAGAUGCUUCCCGCUCCCAGCAGCGCCGCCGAGGAGUUUGGACCAUAUGAGGAGCUGCAGAACGCUGUGGCUCUUCAGUCCGCGUGCUGUACAGCUCUGACUGAGCUGAGUCUGGACGACACGUCUGCUCACCACAUCGUACAAGAAAAUGGUAUCUACAUAAUUGCAAACCUAAUUUUGCUAAAAAGCUCUGGACCGAAGGUCACGUCUUUACAGUGCUACGCUUUCCGAGCGCUGCGAUUUCUCUUCAGCGCUGAAAGAAACAGGUUUAUUUUUAAAAGGCUCUUUCCCACAGACCUCUUUGAGUCGUUUAUUGACGUUGGACAUUAUGUCAGAGACCUCACAGCUUACGAGGAGCUACAAACCAAAGUGUCGCUCUACACUGAAGAGGAACUGAGUUGUCUGAGAGAGAAUAUUGAGUCCCUGAACCAGAACCGACCGUCGCUCAGAGUAAUCGGUGGCUACUCCAUAUUGGAUCACCUGGGCUCUGGAGCUUUUGGAAGUGUCUUUAAAGUCCAAAAGCAGACCGGUCAGAACUUCCUGGCUCUGAAGGAGGUGAACCUGCACAACCCGGUGUUUGGCAAAGACAAGAAGUCCAGAGACAGCAACGUGGAAAAGAUUAUCUUUGAGCUUACAGUCAUCAGAGAACAGAUGACACACCCGAACAUAGUUAAAUAUUACAAGACAUUUUUGGAAGACGACAAGCUUUACAUCGUAAUGGAGCUGAUCGAAGGCGUGCCACUGGCUGAACAUUUCAACUCUCUGAGGGACAAGCAACAAAAAUUCACUGAAGACAGAAUCUGGAACAUUUUCAUCCAGAUGUGCCUGGCGUUGAGGUACCUGCACAAGGAGAAGAGGAUAGUUCACCGUGACCUUUCACCCAGUAACAUCAUGCUGGGAGAGAACAAUAAAGUCACCAUCACUGACUUUGGGCUCGCCAAGCAGAAACAGGAGAACAGUGAGCUGACAUCAGUGGUCGGCACCAUCCUUUACUCAUGUCCAGAGGUGGUGCAGAACAAGCCGUAUGGGGAUAAAGCCGACAUCUGGGCUUUGGGCUGCAUCUUGUACCAGAUGGCAACUUUACAACCACCGUUCUACAGCAGCAACAUGCUUUCACUGGCCAGCAUGAUCGUUGAAGGAGUCUAUGAGCCGGUUGAAGAGGGAGCGUUUUCAGACAGACUCACAGAUAUGAUCCGAUGGUGUUUGAGUUCGGACCCAGAGCAGCGGCCGGACGUCGUAGCCGUCAGCUCCAGGAUCUCUGACCUCAUGAUGAGGCUGAUGGACGGACUCUACAUCUCCCAGAAUGCACUGCAGCGCAGGGCUGAUAAAGACAGGAGACGAACACAGAAGUAUUUUUUGGAAAAGCAACAGAGCAGGAAUAACUUCUGCCACUCAGACAUGGAAAGGCGGCUGACAGAGACUGAAUGUGUGGCUUCGAGCUCCUCUGCAGUCUGCAGUUCUGGUGACGCCAUGCGGGCAAACUGUCAAGCUCCAGACUUAGCUCCCGUGGCUUGUGCCACACCGGAUCAGAUUGUGGCCUGUGGGGAUUUUACUGCUUCCAAGAUAAAAUCAACACCAGGGUCUGUAGGAAUCUGUGUCUCUCAGAGGAAACUGCGGCAGAUCGACGAUCCCAUCCAACGGCUGCUGGUUCAGCUGCACAAAAUCAUCUUCAUCACUCAACUUCCUCCAGCUCCGAACUACAACAUCAAACGGCGACUUGUUGAACGAUUCAAAAAGUCUCUCUUCCACCUCGGCAGCGAUCCGUACAACCUAAAAGUGGAGCUCAGAAAGCUGGUCCAGGCUUCAUCAGAACUAGUGGAGAUGAACUCAACCAGUUUGGACUGGCAGCAUGUGGUGCAGCUCCUCCGAGGGGAACGCCUCACUGCAGACACUUCAGGUGAUGAGAAUCUCAGAGAUGGAGUUACAUAUCAGCAGAUGCAGGAAAUCAUCGAGGAGCUUUUAGAGGAGAACAGCUACUACCAAGCAACAAGCAACAGGGCCAAAGAAGGGAACUGACAGCCGCCUGCUUCCACCUGGCCAGACGUCUGA